AAAGUCAAAACGGAAUGAGUUAUAAAACAAUUUGAAGUUAAUUUAGUGAAAGGGAUAUUUUUUUAGAUUUACUUAAAUUAGCAAAAUGUCGAUGUUUAUAAGAGGUGUGCGUACUCAAAGAGUUUUAAUGCACCGGAUGUACUCUUCUUCAAAGUCGUCAGAUCCAGCAAGCACUACGGAAGUUAAAACAAUUCCUAAAAACUUACUCGAAGGUAGUCAAACUUCUCAUCUACAACCUGAAAAUGGUGCAAUUUUCGAUAAGAAACCAUUUAAAAUACACCUAGAAGCAAAUAAAACUUACAGCUGGUGUUUGUGUGGAAAAUCGAAGAGCCAACCUAUUUGUGACGGUAUGCACAAAAAUGAAUUUUUAAAAAUAAAAUUAAGACCUGUAAGAUUUCAAGUGGAAAAAACGGGCGAUUACUGGCUAUGCAAUUGUAAGCAAACGAAGCAUCGUCCCUUCUGCGAUGGCACACACAAGCAACCUGAUAUUCAAGCUGCUGUACGUUAAACUGGGGGAAAAAAUAGCACAAACCAUCUCUGUAGUUUAAGAAAUAUCUACAUUUGAUAAAGUGUAUGCAUUUCAGACGUUUGUUGUUUAAAUAACUGCUAAUGUUCCAAGUCAAUAAAAAAUAUUAUUCAAAUUCGUUUUUAAUACAAGCAA